UGAAACAAAUACAUUCAAUCGUCAUGUUUUUGAUACAAUACGAAUAUGUACUUACUGUGAUGCCAGACUCUUUCCUACUGAAACACAAGGAACAUGCUGUGGAUUCGGAAAAAUUAAACUAUCCUCGGCAGAUGAUACUUCAAUAUUAGACCGUUUAAACCCUUUUGUAGUUAACUUCCGAUCAAUUUCUUCUGCUAGCAAUAUAACAGAACUUCGUCUUCUUAUCAGAGCCGAUCAUGGCUUAGACCAACGUACCUACAAUAUGCCAACAACUUCACAAGUUGCUGCUGUAUGGGUAGAAGGAAAUGAUCACAUAAAUUAUACUGAACGUGAUAUAAUUGUACAAUCGCGAUCACAAGGUCUACAACGAGUAUCAGAACUUAGUGGUUGCUAUGACCCGAUGCAAUACCCAUUGCUCUUCCCUAGAGGAGAUUAUGGCUGGCAUCCGGGAAUAUUACAAAAUACAUCUCAAAAAAAAGUUACCAUGAGGCAGUACUAUUCGUACAAACUUCAUUUUCGCGAAUUGUCUUCAACGUUACUUUUUUUUGGCGGUCGACUUUUACAACAAUAUGUUGUUGAUAAUUAUGUUAAAAUUGAAUCUUCACGUCUUAGUUACUUACGUUUUAACCAGGACAAAAUUCGUAAAGAAUAUUACCAAGGAUUACACGAUUCUGUUCAAUCAGGAAUUAUUAAUGCAUCUGAAGUAGGAUGCCGUGUUAUUUUACCUUCAUCUUUUAUGGGCGAUGCGAUGGCAUUAGUGCAAGCUUACGGGAAACCAGAUAUAUUUAUUACUAUUACAUGUAACCCUUGGUGGCCCGAAAUUACAGCAGAACUAUUACCAAUGCAAACACCACAAGAUAGACCGGAUCUUACAG